AUGCGUUCCUUUAUCGCUCUUCCGGUUCUCACCGGCCUCCUGGCCUUGGCUACCGCGGCCGAACUCCCUCUCACUCCUGUCGCCACGGCCCCCGCCCAAAAGCCAUCAGUCUUCGUGCUCACCAAGGUUCCCGCCGGCCCAACGGGCACCGGCACACCAACCAACCCAGACAAGUGCUCGCAGGUCGCCGCCCGCAUCACACCGCAACUCACACCCACACCAACCUACGCGCCGUCCCUCAAGGCCAUGGCCGACAAGAUGGGCGGCGUGGACCGCGACACGUGUGGGGAGAUGGACUUCAAGACCCGGUUCAAAACCUCCGGCUCGGACGAUCUGAACCGCUUCCAACAGACCCGCCACACGACGUUCAUCCUCCCGAUCUGGGCCAAGGUGUCUGAGCUCUACAACGCCUGUGGCGACCAGGCGGGCAAGAUGCCGCAGGUGGCGCAAGAGCCGUGCUACCGCUGGGCAUUCGACCUCACCAAGUCGUCUAACUCGUCCGGUGCCAAGGGCUUGCCGCCCUCGGGGCAACAGGGCGGCAAUAUCAAGACGGCCGCCGCAACCUGGAGGCGGGCGCCGCCCAGAGCAGCAUUUCGAACACUGCUGUUGUUGGGGCUAUGGGGGUCUUGA